AUGGUCGGGACAAGUGGCAGCCACGUCGAAGACUGGACCGUGUACGAUAACACCGGUUGCUCCAACUGGAACGCCAUCCAGAUCGGCCCGAAGAGUGUCAUGCCCACCUACUCUGCCUGCGCGACGUCUUGCAGGUACAGCCCUGGCUGCACCGGCUUCAACUUCGAGGACGCGAACCCCCCAGUGUGCAGCGCCGGCACAAGUUCGUCUGGCGUCGGGUCGUGCUACCGCUGGGGGCCCUCCACCUGUUCCAAAGAGAAGAACGACUGCUGGGACAACUUCUUCCUGGACAACGCCGAGCCAACGGUGUGGUCGGCUCCAGACAAGGGGCAGGGGUGCAGCAACUGGAGGGACAUCCUCCUGACGAGGCUCUCGGGCAUCAGCAAUGCGGACGACUGUGGUCUCCAGUGCCUUGCGCACAGGGGCGCGGGCUGCGUGGAGUUCGGCUAUCAGGCCGACGACUGCGUCUCCGGACGUGGCCCUGGCGCAAGGUCGUGCUACCUGUACAAGGGCGUGUGCUCCAUGCAGGGCAACGCUUGCCUGGACCACUACGCACUGGAGAGUUACACGGAGCCGUCGGGCCCGUUCGAACUGAACGGCGCAGGUCGUGGCUGCAGCAACUUUGCCGAGAUCAUCCUGGGCGAGCCUUCCUUCCAGGCAUCUGCUGGAGCCUGUGGGAAGGUCUGCGAAGACGUUGGUGGCUGCGUGGGCUUCGGCUACCAGAGCGGCCUGCCAUGUCAGUGCGCAUCCGGUGGCAGCGCGUUCACCGGCGCGUGCUACCUCUGGAGGGGCGAAUGCAAUCAAGAGCCCAACGCGUGCUGGAACAACUACAAGAUCGCGCCAGCCACUCCUGCGCCCCCCCCCCCUGAUGCGCCCUCGCAAACAGGUGCGCGCGAGUACUGCCUGAGGGCCGCCGAGCUCCGGGUCGACUUCGACGCCCAGGGGGGCGCGGGGACCCCCGCCAACCCCAGCGGGUCCGUCGAGCUGAGAGACCAGGGCUGGACGACCACAGGGCUUGCGCGGGUCAGCUCCAGAGGCGUAUGGAACCUGUUGAAUGGCUGGAUCGCUUUCGAUAUGGAUUUGUCCCAGACGAUCGUCGGCCUCCAGACUGGUGGCAUGCAGGGUCCCAACCCGAAUCUCUAUACCGUCUUCCCGCAGACCGGCUCUGGGGACUACGACGGAAGGCCGCGGACAAUUGCUGGUGCUGCUACUCAGUACUGCGACGGCCAAGGAGAGUUCUCGGCGCAGCCGCAGACGCCUGCAAACCUAGUCCCCAACUCAUUCUGCCCGAAGAUGGACAUCAUCGAGACCAACAGCAAGCUGGCCUUCGCGACUACGUGGCACUCCACGUUCACCUUCUCCCCAGAUAAUCCAGGAGACUAUCCUGGCCCGGAUCCGUGCAACCAGUUCGGCUGCAACAACAACCAGUUCUUCACCCCGGCGCCGGACCCUCCGAGCAGCUGCCAGCAGCUCCCCACAACGACCCCACCAACUCCCGUGACGACGUCUGGCAUCGACAGCGCGCACCCAUUCACCAUCAACGCCAGUUUUGCCGCGGACGGGAGUAUGACGGUCAAGUUUUUGCAGAUGCAGGGCAACGCCGAGAGCGGAGUGCUGAUCGGGCGGCAGGAAGUCUUUGGCGGCGGAAAUCCGGUCACCCAGGCCACCCUCGACGCCCUCGUGGGAAACAUGACCACGUUCGGCUCGGCCAUCGAGUCCCCCCAGUUCAACGGUUUUGUCCCGCUAAGCUCGGAGUUCUUCAACAAUGUCCAGUGCAACGACGGCACCAACAGUCUCAGCCAGUCCAUCUACAGCGUCAGUAAUCUGAGGGUCAAGGGCGUGCUCAUGAGAGGAUCGGCCUCCGAGUGCGUUUCCUAG